AUGCCGGAAACCCAGACUGCAGCGGUAGUUGAGCGCUUCGGCGAACCAUACAUCUUGAAGCAGAUCCCACGCCCCGAAAACCCCAAAGGGCCUGAUCUGCUCAUCAAGGUCCUCGCGGCCUCAUACUGCCACACAGAUGCCGUAUUCGCUGCAGGGCUCUUAUCUCAGGACCUGCCCCGGAUAGGAUGCCAUGAAUUUGCUGGAGAGGUGGUAGCGGUAGGCCCUGAAGUCCGGGGUAUCGUGGUAGGCCAGAGGGUGGGAGUGCCAGGCCGGGCGUACCAUCCUUGCGGCUCUUGCUACGAAUGUACGCACCCCGGGCAGGACGAGAUGGGGUACUCGCCUUACUGCCCCCAAGCUGGAAACCUGGGUCUGACAAGAGACGGAGGGUUCCAGGAGUACUGCCUGGUGGACAGCCGGCAGAUCGCUCCCCUCCCUGAAAGUCUGCACGCAACGCAGGCUGCACCGCUGAUGUGCGCCGGCCUUACCAUCUGGAGCGCUCUUCAACAUGAAAAAGCCCUCCAGCUUGUCCAACAGGUCAAGGCCGACCUUGGUGAAGCGGGAAAGAGGGUACAUAUAUCCGAUGCCCGGAGCAAGGACCCGGAGACCAUGAAAUCCAUGGGCUGCUCCACAGCCGGCAUUGCGCCCACGGAGAUUGGGUUGGACGCCGUUAUCCUCCUCCCAGAAUCUCAAAGGGCGUUCGACAUGGGCAUGAAGCUCCUUCGGAAUCACGGGACCAUGGUCGUUGUCAGCUUCCCUAAGGACAAGUUGUCAGUCAGCGCACAUGACCUUGUGUUCCGUGACAUUGCCGUGGUUGGAAGCUUGGUCGGAAGAAAUCACCAGUUGCGAGAGAUGCUGGGCUUUGUGGUCAAGCAUCAGGUUCAGGUUCGGGUCAAGACAUUUCCCUUUGACCAACUCAACGAGCUCGGAGAGCAAUCUCACCAGGGAGAGGGGGGCAAACUUGUCAUUGAUAUGACACUCGGGUGA